AUAACUGACGCGGCAAAAACGGAUGUGCAUGCUGCAUCUGUACUGUUCCGCCGCCAAAAAAUGGGUAAAACUUCGACGGCGGUGGAGUAGUGGGCGAGAGAUGGAUAAAACCGGUGCAACCAGCGGGUGUCCGUCGAAUGUGGCGAGCGUCGCGUGCGUGACCAUGUCUGAUCUUCUCUUCGUCGUGCUCUGCACCUUCCUGUUUCAAGCGGACGGUUUCUUGCUCGGCAGAAGCGGCGGCUUUCCGAAGUUCCCAACGGACACAUGUGGCUCCAGGUCCGUCCAUUGGCAUCCGGAACGGGAACCGAGGGUUGUAGGUGGUGAAGAGCCACCCUACGGCGCGAUACCAUGGCAAGUCGAAUUGAGAAUCGGCAACGGUCACCAUUGUGGCGGCGCCUUAAUCAGCAGACGGUUGGUUUUAACCGCCGCCCAUUGUAUGGCGGAUGGUCUGACUGUGGUGGCCGGCGCGCACGGGCCUCCUGGUUCGACCCCAUACGAACAGACCGUCAAGGUGGAGAAACUGAUCCCGCAUCCGGACUUUCGCAAGCUGGGACCGUAUAGUCACGACAUCGCUGUGCUUUUGUUGGCAUCUCCUGGCGUCAAACUCAACAGGUUGGUGAGACCAGCAUGUUUCGCUUAUGAAUCUCCACCGCCCGGAACGUGGUGUGAAGUCUCGGGUUGGGGUGCAAGCGAUCCUUUGGCUCCUGAUCGUCUGUCACCUGUUUUAAAAUCGGCAGCCGUUCCUCUUUUGUCACUGGACACUUGUCGCAAAGAUGGAAUCUACGGGGGUCGUCAACAGCCCAUUCUAGACUCUAUGCUUUGUGCAGGCCAUUUAAGAGGAGGAAUUGAUGCAUGCGGUGGUGAUUCUGGAGGUCCAUUGGUUUGUGAAAAAGAUGGACGUCAUGAACUGGCAGGUAUCGUUUCAUGGGGUGAUGGAUGUGCCAAAAAGGAUAGACCUGGUGUUUAUACCAGGGUUUCUAGCUUUUUGCCAUGGAUCAGGGAAUGUGCUCAGGAUUUAGGAGUAGAUUAUGACUUCUAAGUUCUAGAUUUAGUUUAUAUUUUUUAUACA